UGCGCAAAUUGAGGAGCGGGGCCACCAACCCCUCUUCUGCAUCAUCUUCAGACUUGGGUGACUCCCCUUCGUCGCCGCAUACUCAGUUGGGGCUGAUGCACCUCAAGAAACUCUUCUCCGAGUAUACUCAUCCGCCACACCAACUCACUGAGCAGGAAAAGGAUGACAAACUCUACAAUAUGCUGCCCCUCUUUUGCAAGGUGUUUGGUUCAAGUCCCACUUGUGACAUGAAUGAAAAAUUCUGGGACAUUCUGGCGUUCUGCCAGCAGGUGUCGCUGCUGAUGGUUUCUGAAAUACGCAAAAGGGCCUCUAAUCAAAGCACGGAAGCUGCCAGCUGCGCCAUCGCGAAAUUUCUCGAAAUAGAAAACUGUGAGGAGUCCAGUAAUGGUUGGAUGUUGCUUUCUACGCUCAAUCUUUUAGCCGCUGGAGAUUACACCUUGGUACAGGUUAUGUCAGAGGUUUCUGUACCUUCUACCUUAGUGAAAUGUUUGUACCUGUUCUUCGACUUACCUGAACUCUCAGAAAAGGAAGCUAACACCAAAGACACCAAUAGCGACUUCACUCCGAAGGAGAGAAGAAUACUUUUACAAAAGAUUUUCGUUCAACUUCUAGUCCGGCUCUGCAGCCAUAGGAUACCUUCAGAAGAACUAGCCAGAAAGGACGAUUUGCGUUUGUUGUUUACAGCAAUCACCUCAUCAGUUGCCUCGUACAAUACCAUGUGGAGAAAAAGUGCUGCUGAAGUAUUGAUGACUUUAUCCAGACAUGGACUUACUCCAUUGGUCGUUGGAUAUAUUCAUUCAAAUUCCUGUGUUGCCGGCUGCAUUCAAAACAUGAAGAAAAUUCCGGAACUGGCACCUUUAGAACUGGUGGAAAUGUUUGUCACAUUAUUCUGUUUCCUCAAAGAUUCCAGCGAAGUGUCUUCGACGUUGCUAGAUGACUUUAGACAAGCUCAAGGCUAUCCUUUCCUAUCGGAUUUCCUCCUCAAGUUUGAAAAUGACAAUUCGAGUGAAGCCCAAGAAACGAUAAGGAACUUAGUGUUAAUGGUAACAUCUUUGUGUAUGUGCGGUUAUAUCGAGUUAAAGCCUUCUCAGGCUUCGACCGGCUCCUUAUUCCAAAUGCAAGGCUUCAUUUUACCACAACCUUCCGGUAGAGGAACCAGCGUUCGAAAUAUCCAGGCAUUCAGGGUUCUGCAGAACGCUUUUCUUAAAUCCAACUCAUCUCUUCUGUGUUCCACCAUCUUGGACGCCAUAUCGAGCAUAUAUCACUCAGACAACGCCAACUACUUUAUCUUAGAGAACCAGAACACCCUUACUCAAUUCACAGAGAAGAUUCAGCACAAACCAGCCGAGAUACAACAGAAAUUGUUCGACCUCAUCGAGUUUUUGGUAUACCAAUUAAAUUUUGUACCUUGUAAGGAAUUGAUAUCGAUGUCUAUAUUUUUGAAGACGCACAGUCUAAAUUACGUAGACUGUAGCAUAUUGUGUAUGCAAACAUUACUGAACAUCUUGAAGCAUAAUCCUAUUUUUAAAGACGUGUAUCGAGAAGUAGGACUUCUAGAAGUUAUGGUCACUUGUUUGACGCGUUAUGGGAGUUUGCUUGAAGAUAAAAAAGUCUCAGGGACAAACGCCAAGGAUUACAAAUUAGUGUGUAGACAAGAAAAAUUAGGAGAAUUAGUUGUCGAAGCUUUGACGAUCUUGUUAACGAGCAAUAGCUCCAACGCGAAUGUUUUAAGAGAAUGCGGCGGAGCGAAAUGCGUGCAUAAACUAGUACAAUAUACGGAAUGUAGAAAUUCAAUUUUAGGUAUUAUUAAAGAACUAGUAUUAACUACAGGCGGUGACGACGAUAUGACUCAGCUUCUUCAUACUUUAAAUUCCGCGCCAAGAACACAAUUGCAGCUAAAAAUUGACAUAUUGGAAGCAUUGAAGCUAUGUUUGAAGGAGUCACAUCGUACCAGAACAGUAUUUAGAAAGACUAACGGCUUCGUGUACGUAACCAGCGUUCUUGUGGCUCUAGAAGGUCGCUUGAGUCAAAAAGAAUCGAAUCCCGAAGUAUUGCAGCUAUUGAGCAUAGUGUUCCAAACGAUUUGCACCGCUAUGCGUUUUGAGCCGGCCAACGCCAAGUUCUUUUACCACGAAGUCUGCAGGACUAGUCUCUGCGAUACCGUCAGACUGUUGGGAUGCUUUUCGGGCGAGAAAGUAUCUAAAAUUAGUGAAAUAGAUUUCGAAACGACGUCCAAUGGAUUCCAAGAGGUCUAUCAGAAUAUUUUUGUCGGUCCUGUCACUAAUCCUGACAUUCCAGAAGAGAUAUCCCCGUCGUUAGCUUACACUACAAUAGUAUACAGGCUUUUAUAUGACCUAGCGUUAGACUUAUUUGAUAAAAAUAUUAAUACAAAUAUAUUUUCCACUAAAUCUCCACCGUUGUCUCGAGAUAUCAGUAUUCAGGGAGAUAUUAACGGAAAGCGAUCAAAUGUCAAUUCCCUAAAUUUAAGCCCCCCAACUCCAGAUCCAAUCAUAGUUCAUCCUGGAGUUGUAGUUUGCAUGCUACAACUUUUACCAUGUAUAAAAGACGACCACUUCGAAAUGUACCUGAGCCUCCAGUUGUUCAUAGCUGAAAUCAUAAAGUCUUUAGUGCGUAGCGAAAGAAAUCAACAAGUAAUGUGCGACAAGAACUUCGCCAAUUACCUUUUGACGAUCGGAUCUGAACCACUACAGAACGAAAACCACCCCUUGCACAAUUCCCUGCAAUAUAUGCUGGAGAGAUUGGCAGCCCAAGCCAUAGAAGCCAAAGAUUUGAGGCAGUUUCUAAGAUUAGGAAAUCCCACUUUGCCUGUCCUUCCAUUGGUUCCAACGAACCAGGAGUUAUCCCCGGUACCUUUGACCAGGAUCAAGACUUUGGUCUCCAUGACAACGCCCAAAGAUUUCCGAGCGCAAUCUUCGUAUACCUUGCCCCCAUUCGUCGAAUUCGAUAUGUCGGCUGAAGGAUUCGGUUGUCUCUAUCUGCCCAGUAUAGCACCACAGUCUCCGUCAGCUCCGAGCGUGGUAUCGACGGUUGAUAGCAGCGUUUUAGGAGGAAUAGGUGCUGUGAUCGUAUGUUUCCUCCGCAAAAAACAGUCUUAG